AUGGUGCACCGCGCUCUCCGGCGCCGCUUCKCCUUCUGCCGCUGCUGCCAUGGCAACUGCGGGGGCUCCCCCCUCGCUCUGCGCACGCGCUGUGGCGCCGAGCUGCGGCGGGAGGGCGGUGCGCGGCCAUUGCCAGGCGCUGAUUGGCCUAGACGCUCUGACCCCGCCCACCUGCAGCAGGUGCGGGGCUCUGAUUGGUUGGAUUCCAUCGGCCGCGCCCCUCCCGGCACCGCCCCCCCCGCAGUCGGGGCGCGGCCGCCGCCCCGCACGGACGCGCUUCCACCGCGCUCCGCCGCCGCCGACGCCGCCAUGAGCGAUUCCUCCGCGCAGUUCUCGUUCGUCUCCUCCUCCACCUCCUCGUCCUCCUCCGUGUCCUCUUCCUCCUCCGUGCGGCCCCAGGCCGGCGGCUGCGCGGGCGGCGGUUCCAUGUCGUGCGCCGUGCGGGACCUGCUCUUCUGGCGGGACGUGAAGAAGAGCGCGGUGGCUUUCGGUGCCAGCCUGGUGCUGCUGCUGUCCCUGGCCACCCUGAGCGCUGUCACCGUGGUGGCGCACGUGGCGCUGGCCCUGCUCUCGGUCACCAUCAGCCUCCGCGUCUACAAGGCCGUGGUGCAGGCGCUGCAGAAAUCCGACGAGGGCCACCCCUUCCGGGCGUACCUGGACGCAGAUGUGACGCUGUCCCCCGAGGCGUUCCAGGGUCGAGUCUGAGAGGGGAAUUUUGGG